UUGUUUACUUACAAUAAUAUCCGAAUAGUAAAUACAAAAUUUUUACAAAAAUUAUCGAUCGUACAUAAGAAAUGAGCUCCUUUCGGUUAAAUUCUGGUGAUUCCGAUUUUAGGAAUAGGCAGAAAAAAAUAUUCGAUCAGCUUUUCGUUUUGGAAAGUAACCAAAAAGCUUCAAACAAUGAUACUGGAACAUUGAUUCAAGAUGAUAUAAUGUCAGAAGAUUUAGAGCCACAGAAGUCUUAUAUCAGAGAAAAAUCAAAAGUUACUAGGGCAGAAACGAAGCAUUUCAAGGGCAGGGAAAGCAUUUUUAAAAAACCUCAAAAUCCUGCCCCAAGAAAUUAUGUCAAUCGUAUGCCUGACUUUAAGAAAAACCCUCACAAGUGGACGAGAUAUUCAUUAGAAGGUGUGGACGAUAUUACUGAAGAAAGCAACACAAAAUCUGCUAUGUCUUUUCUAAAAGAGUUAGCAGAAAGAAAGAAGAUAGAGAGUGGUAUGGAGGAAGAAAGUGAGGAACUGGAAGAGUUGCCUUCAAAAAUCAUCUUUAAAAGGCGCUUUUUAAAACGCGAACAUACCACACACCAGACGGCUGAAAAUAAGUCUUCAUUUGAAAAUUCUAGGUUGGUUAUGGCAGAAUAUGUGGUGGGACAGGAGGUUAAAGCCAAAAGAUCCAAGUUAAAUAAACCAAAAAAAGGAGUUGAGUUAAAAUUGGAUCAUCUUACUGCAUAUGAAGAUGAAUAGAGUUUGAAGUUUUGAAUUUUUAGAUUGUUGCAAUUAUUUAUUAAGGAACAUUCUCCUACAUAUGUAAAUAAUAAAUAAGGUUAAGAAUGUUGUUUUUAUAACUGUAAUUAAUGAUAAUGUUGGAGUUAAUAUUUUUUUUGUCUUAUUUUUGUAUAUUUUUGCUUUAGUUACAAACUAAACUAAAAUUUUUAAUCAAUAUUUAAAAAAAUGGAGUUGGUAAUUACUUAGGAACAAAAUGUCUGAUUCCUAACAAUUUGGGACCAGUUGGACAUAGUAGAAAAAUCAAUUUUUUAAAGCAAAAAACAUAUUUUGAUUUUA